AUGAGGCUACUGUGGAGGACAGCAGGGAUACGUACGGAAGUCAGCUCUGGCCGGCGGCUGUGUGCAUUGCGAGCGACCUUCUGCGUAUGCCAGAGAUCGUUGAGGGCGCAGUUUCCCUUGGACUUGUUGCGCAAAGCUGCCGCCACACAUGGAGCGACAGUCUCGGAGAAGCUCGAGACGAGGGUCUUGGACUUCGCAGACCCAAUGCCCUCUGCUGUCGUCAUGUCAACUCGCCAUCGUGCAGAGAAGGUUCCUCCUCUUGCACUGACACUUCCGGAUCACGACGUCCUCGUUGCCGCGGACGUGGGCUACUCCAAAGCACUUGCUUGGCGACUGGGUGAGCACUGCCGAGAGUCCCUGAAGAAGGGAAGGCGAGUGCUGGUUUGUGAGAGCCGACAGAUGCCGGAGUGCCGCCUGGCCUUCUCCGAGGCAUUGAACCUUGGUCGGGAGCGGGUCCAUCGUCUGGAAUCUCGGACGCCGCUGCAGGUGGAGACUGGUGCACUUCGAUGCCGGGAGUCCAUACCAAGUCUUUGGUAUUUGGAUGCCACGGGAGGCUGA